AUGUCCUCGCGCUCCGCCCUGGCGGCGGGGAACGAGCGCAACGCCGACACGUUUGAGGAGGGGUCUCACCUCCCCGCUGUGAUUCGGGGAGGGGUCUCUCCUCCCCGCUGUAAUUCGGGGAGGGGUCUCACCUCCCCUCUCCCAGCAGCUGGCGGGCCCGGGGGGCAGCGGCCGCCCCGAGAAGGGCGGGGGGGGUGGUCGGGGCGCGGGGGGCCGGAGCCCCCCGGGGCCGGAAACUCGCUGGGGGCCGAGGAGCCCCCGCACGUGGGCAACUACCGGCUGCUGCGGACCAUCGGCAAGGGCAACUUCGCCAAGGUCAAGCUGGCCCGGCACGUGCUGACCGGCAGAGAGGUUGCCAUCAAAAUCAUCGACAAGACGCAGCUGAACCCCACCAGCCUGCAGAAGCUCUUCCGGGAGGUUCGGAUCAUGAAGGGGCUGAACCACCCCAACAUCGUGAAGCUGUUUGAGGUGAUCGAGACGGAGAAGACGCUGUACCUGGUGAUGGAGUACGCCAGCGCAGGUGAGGUGUUUGAUUACCUGGUGUCCCACGGGAGGAUGAAGGAGAAGGAGGCGGCGGGGGCCAAGUUCAGACAGGUGGGGACACGGGGGACAGAUCGUCUCGGCGUGCACUACUGCCACCAGAAGAACAUCGUGCACAGGGACCUCAAGGCCGAGAACCUGCUGCUGGACGCCGACGCCAACAUCAAGAUCGCGGAUUUCGGGUUCAGCAACGAGUUCUCGCGCGGCUCCAAGCUGGACACCUUCUGCGGCUCCCCGCCCUACGCCGCGCCCGAGCUCUUCCAGGGCAAGAAGUACGACGGGCCCGAGGUGGACAUCUGGAGCCUGGGGGUCAUCCUCUACACGCUGGUCAGCGGGUCGCUGCCCUUCGACGGCCACAACCUCAAGGAGCUGCGGGAGCGCGUGCUGCGGGGGAAGUACCGUCCCUUCUACAUGUCCACGGACUGCGAGAACAUCCUGCGGCGCUUCCUGGUGCUGAACCCCGCCAAGCGCUGCACCCUGGAGCAAAUCAUGAAGGACAAGUGGAUCAACAUCGGCUACGAGGGGGACGAGCUGACGCCGUACACGGAGCCCCAGGAGGACUUCGGGGACACCAAGCGCAUCGAGGUGAUGGUGGGCAUGGGCUACACGAGGGACGAGAUCAAGGAGGCGCUGAGCACGCACAAGUACAACGAGGUGACGGCCACGUACCUGCUGCUGGGCCGCCGGGGAGAGCCCGAGGGUGGCAGUGCCCUGUCCCUGUCACGCCUGCGCGCCCCGGCCGAGGCGCCCAACGGUGCCACCAAGUCGGGGACAUCGGGGACCCACGGGAAGGGACAGCGCGGGGGGCGCCACCACCGGCAGCGACGGCACAGCGACUUCUGUGGCCCCGCGCCCGCCCCCGCGCCCCCCAAGCGCAGCCCCACCAGCGCGGGCGCCGCGGAGCUGCGGGAAGGGGGCGUGGCCUCGCGGGAGGGGGGCGUGGCCUCGCGCAGGGGCAGGGGCAGCGGCGGGGGGGGCGGGGGGGGCCCGGGCGCCCCCCCCUCCAGCCCCCUGGUGAGCUCCGCCCACAACCCCAACAAGGCCGAGAUCCCCGAGCGGCACCCGGACAGCGCCCCCCACGUGCCCCCCAGCGUGAUGGGCCGCAGGAACACCUACGUGUGCUCGGAGCGCCCGGGCGGGGAGCGGCACCUGCUGCUGCCCAACGGCAAGGACAGCCUGCCGUCCCGCCCGCCGCCGUCCCCGUCCAGCCACUCUCUGGGCGGGGCUCACCUGGGCGGGGCUCACCUGGGCGGGGCUCACCUGCACCUUCCACGGCGGCGGGGGAGGGGCGGGCGGGGGCCGCCGCGGGGGGGGCGGGGCCUCGGGAGCCCCUCCCCCUUCUCGCCCCCCCCUCCCCCCGCACCUGCGGCCGCCUCCCCCCGGCCCCGCCCCACGGCCACGCUGCUCAGCAAGAUCACCUCCAAGCUGACGCGCAGGGUGUCCCUUGACCCCUCGCGCCGCCAGAGCUCCAAUCGCUGCGUCUCGGCCACACCCGGCCCCGGCGCCGCCAAGAUCCGGUCGCAGACGAACCUGCGGGAAUCGGGGGACCUGCGCUCGCAAGUCGCCAUCUACCUGGGCAUCAAGCGGAAGCCGCCCCCCGGCUGCUCCGAGGGGGGGGGGCUGUGAUGGGGGGGGGGGCUGCGACCCCCGGACCCCCCCCCACACCCUGCCCGGGACCCGCCCCCCCC